UGUAUUAAACAACGAGCUCUUGCCCUACCAAAUCUUAGCGGGUUUUUCAGGAAAAGCAUUCUAUACCUCAAAAUCCCAGCUUUGAGAAACUCUCCAAUGGCUUCUCAAACCCUAAUUCUCCGAAACCCAAAUCUCACUUCUCCCCUUCACAACAGCAUCACUAUCCUCUCUCCUCUUUCAGCCCUUAUCUACUCAAAACCCAGAACUAUUUCCCUAUUCUCACGGCCAAAUUCACUCAAAAAAUUCACAAUUUCCGCAUCAUCCACAACUGUAUCCACAAAAUCAAGUACAGUUACCCCCUUAAUCACUCGCUCAACGCGCACAAUUACCACCUUAGCAGCAGUCACUUUAGCAAUCUCAAAGCUAGUAUUGCAGAAAAUCUCCAAUGGAUUGGGCCAAUCACUGGUUUACUCUGCUGGGCCUAUGUUUUUUGCGGCCCUUAAGAAUCAGCCCACAACAGGAGCUUUGAAUACCCCUUUCACCGUGGUUGCAGCUGGAAUGGCGAAAUGGCUUGAUAUAUACAGUGGGGUUUUGAUGGUUAGGGUUUUGCUUAGUUGGUUUCCUAAUAUACCUUGGGACAGACAGCCAUUAUCAGCUAUUAGGGACCUUUGUGAUCCUUAUUUGAAUCUUUUCAGGAAUAUAAUUCCCCCAAUUUUUGAUACUUUGGAUGUGAGUCCACUUUUGGCUUUUGCAGUUUUGGGUACACUUGGUUCGAUUCUUAAUAGCAGCAGAGGAGCAUACUGAGGCAAAUUGGUAAUAGCGGAUUGCAAUUAUUAUCUUUGAGAUAUUUGAUCUUUUAGUACAUGUGUAUUAGAUUUUGAGGGUUCAUUGGUAUUGUAGUGGUAAUGUAUCAUUAUAGAAAUUUUGGUACAACUCAAAUGUUAUUUAUCUGGAUCUAUGCUUUGAAUGAAUAGCUAGUUAAUGGGUUGAGAAUAAAGUGGAUGUUUGCCUCUGAAACUUUUUUAUA